GCGUUCCACAGAUGAAGCAGAAGAAGAAAGCCCGAUAGGUGUUGGUUCGUCCGCCCUGCUAUUGUAGAAAAGAAGUCUUCCAAGAUGUUGCCAGUGGCUUCUGUCGACGUCUUCGGACGGCUCAGCACGGAGACGUCGCUGCGCCAAACGCUGACCACGAAGCCCGAGCGUGCGCCGCAUCAUCGCGAGCUGCUCGCUUACGUGGCCUCCGUGGGGAUCGUGCUGAGCGUGCUGGUGGCUGCCGUGCUGCUCAUCGUGUACCAGAGCGAACGAGGCAGGGACACCCUCUCCCUGUGCAUCACCGAGGAAUGCAAAGUUUUCGCCGAGCAGGUGUCGUCAUCACUCAACCUGUCGGCGAAUCCGUGCCGCGACUUCUACGAGUUCACUUGCGGGAACUGGCCAAAGGCCAACCCGGGGCAUGCAUCCGAGGCGUCCCGCAUCACGGUGGUACUCAUCGAAGAAGCCGGCAAGCGACUCAUGGUACAACCCAUGCUGGACAUCGAAAAUCAGACUGCCAUCGCCAAGGCUAGCAACUUGUAUAUGGCUGAUCCAGUCAUCGACGUCUUCCCCAUCCUUGCCAGAGAAUACGCCAGGUUCACGGGGAGCGGUGAGAGUGAUGUAGGUCGUCGAGGUGGCAGCAGGUGUCGGAGCCGGCGGAGUCGGGUUGUCAUCACCGGGAGCCAUGAAGGAAGGCUCGACGUACCGUCCACUGCAAAGCUCCGUGACGAGGGUUGCCUUCAAGGCGAUGACCAGAUAGCGGAGCUUCGUUACGAGUUGCUGCCGGAGAUGCACAUCCGCUGGCCGCACGCCGAGGGUGACAUCGACCCCGUGCGGCAAUUGGUAGAGCUAAGCAUCCAGUGGCAGAUGCCCACGUUGCUCGACGUGCGCGCCGAUGAUUACGUGCAGCCGUCGCAGAAGCGCAGCCCCGUCUUCGACACUGUCACCAUGGACUGGUGGCAACCGGUGUUUCGGCGCCUACACGAGCGGGGAGUGUACGGGGAAUAUGUGCGCUCCUUCUACGAGGCUCUUUCCGAUGACAGAAACGAGACGGCACUGAACAUUGUGGUUGACGCACUGACACGUUGCGAGCUGUUUCUGAUGAAGCACAAGGGGGCGUGGCACACGUACCGUGAUGGUAUCCUGGACAAGUAUGAGCUACAGGAUCUCCAGCGCCGAUACAUGCCUGGUCUCAGCGUGGACCGAUGGGUGAACGCGAUUAACACGCACUGGUCCUUCAAAGUCACACCAGAAACAAUAGCGUACGUCAUGGAUCCGGUCGCACUGGAAAGCACCGCGUUGUUACUGUCUAACUUCACGUGGGUCGAGUCCAACCUGCUGAUUGGUUGGUACGUUCUACAGAAACUUGCGCCCUCCGUCAGCCCCUCUUUCCGGGAGCUUCUGGUGCCUGCAUUUGACAACGAUACCGGCACGCUGAUGACCGUGCAAAUGGGGCGCUGCAUGGAGGUUCUUGUAAAUGUGAUGGGCGUCGUGCCCUUCUGGCCGGAGAUCCACAAUCGGAUCAUACUGCAGACACGCGACAUGGCUGACUCGCUGUUGUAUAGCGUUUCCAUGGCGAUCCAGCAUAGCAUCAGUGACAGCGAGUGGAUGGACGCCGGGAGCAAAGAAGUGGCCCUCAACCAGCUAACCAAGAUCAAGGUGGUGCUGGGAAUGGCCCGGGAGGCGGAAACCGAGAGGAUUCUUACCAUGCUCUACGCCGACGUCCCCGCCGUUACGUCUGACUUCCUCACCUCGUGGAGGAAAACUCUGGAAGCCAUGCGGCCGCACCUGAUUCUCCCCGAUGGCUACGCGGACGUAUAUUGCAUCAACCCGCUCUGGCACGGUGUACGCUUCAGCGCCGACACGGACACGCUGCUCAUAUCCGUGCACGACAUGUUUAUGCCGUACUUCCACCACUCGGCGCCUAGGGCCGUCAACUACGCCGGCCUGGGAGCACUCAUCGCCCGAGGAUUAAUGCAGAUCUUCGACCCAUACGGGCCGGAAGGGGCACUGGACCUGUGGUCCGAUCAGUCUCGGAAGGCGUACGCGCACGUGCACAGCUGCCUGAAGUCGGCGUACGGCAGUAGCUGGUUGGCGCCCAUGCGGAGACGCCAGUUCGGCGACACGGCACCCAUACGCUCGCUCUACCGAGCGUUCCGGCCCUCGCAAACCAAGGAGCGGCAGCUGAAGAGUCUGCGGGAAUUCGACCCGCAGCAAACGUUCUUCAUCGCAUUCUGUCACGCCCACUGCGUCAAUGAUCCCAAGGACCAGGCUGCCAGGGAUCGGUGCAACGUUCCUCUGCGCAACCUGGUCGACUUCUCGUUCGUCUUCAAGUGCCCGCUCGGUGCACCAAUGAAUCCACGUUACAAGUGCCACAUAUGGUGAAGAGGCAUCUGUGGUUUCAGGAGAGCACCUUGUCCCUUCUUUAAUUCGGCUCCCUUUUAUUCCUUUGCAAGAACGAUUGUCUUGAUACAUUUUCCAUGUGGUUAUAGGGGACCUAUUGUGCUUGUUUUGUUUAUUUUUAUGGGUCAGUUUUUACCGUCAUCUUUGUUUCGUUUGUAUAAGCUCAUUAUAUACUUAUUGAUAAUGCGCGUUGGCAUAGGAAUCGCAGAAAUACAGCAGCAAUGGCAAGGACGCUUAUAGAAAUGUGUUAUUGCAAUUUUUAAUCAUUCUUUUCUUAGGUAUACUAUCAACGCAAUUACUUUAAACACCUGAACCUCUUGCAGUUUGAAGUUGUGCAGCAGAAGAUAGCUUUUGAUUGCAAGUGAUGCGUGUGGGCAUUUGGGCAUUGUGUAGAAUUGUAGUCAGAAUCGGGAUUGAAAUAAAAAAAAGUUUGCAAAAAUUCUUCAUCCUGUGACUUUCGUUGACGCUAUUUGUUGCUUUCUUGUACAUGACAUUUUCUCGAUGAGUACAAGACAUAAAUGAAGCCUU